GUCAUCCUCGCGUAGCUGGAGAUAUUUUUAAGUUUCAGCUAGUUGUAGAAGACAACUUCAUCCUUGACUAGCUGCUUAAAGAACCUCGUCAUUAUCAUCCAUUACGGCUACCUCAUGGCCUCAUUUCUAACAAGAUCUCCUCUUCCCAUGGACAGAAAUCUACUUACAACUUCAACUAGAACACCAACUACCAUUAUCUCACUUAGAACGUGCCACGACAUACAGGAAGUGAAACAAUUACAUGCCCGCUUUGUUGUGUCGGGACUCCUUGGUUAUCAUCCUUUAUGUGCCAGGAGGCUCCUCGAGGCUUAUGUUACCAAGUCACAGAUUUAUUAUGCCGUUUCGAUCUUUGAGAGAAUACCUUCUCCUGAUGUGUUUGUUUAUAACACCAUGAUUAGAGGCCUAACAAUGGGUAAGUUUCUUCAUGAUUCUUUGUUACUGUAUAAAGAAUUCCUGUUUGGGUACCUUGUACCAGACAACUUCACUUACACCUUUGUCCUUAAAGCAUGCUCCCAUUUGAAAGCUCCUUUUGAAGGUAAACAAGUGCAUUGCCAGAUUAUUAAGGCAGGAAUAGUACCAGAUACUCAUAUCCAUAGCUCCUUAAUUCAUAUGUACACUAAUUCAGGAAGCAUAGACGAUGCAGAACGUGUUCUUGGAGAAUUCUCGGAAGAGAACACACUUGCUAAGAAUGCCUUGAUUUCAGGUUACUUGACCGAGGGUCGUGUAGACAAGGCUAGAAAAAUGUUUGAUGACAUGGCAGCGAAAGAUGCAGCAUCUUGGAGUGCAUUAAUAACGGGAUAUACAAAGAAUGGUAUGCACACUGAGGCAUUAGCUCUUUUUCAAGACAUGAUGGUUUCACACAUCCUGCCAAAUGAAGCAGCACUGGUGAGCCUGCUCUCUGCCUGUGGACAAUUAGGAACAUUGCAUCAGGGAAGAUGGAUACAUGCGUACAUUGAUAAAACUAGAGUUUUAAUGAGCACUAAACUCACCACUGCUCUCAUCGAUAUGUAUGCCAAGAGUGGAAGCAUUGAGUGUGGCUAUGGAUUAUUUCAGAAAAUGGCCUGGAGAGACGUUGUAUCUUGGGGAGUUAUGAUUUCAGCUUUUGCCAUCUAUGGCCAUGCUAGCAAAUGUUUUCAACUGUUUGAUGAGAUGCUUGCUGAUGGGAUCCGUCCAAAUAAAGUCAUAUUUGUGGCCAUACUUUCAGCCUGCUCUCAUGCUGGUCGUGUUGAAGAAGGACGACAAUAUUUCAGUCAAAUGGAACAUGAUUUCGGAAUAAAACCAUCUAUUGAACAUUAUGGAUGCAUGGUAGACCUCCUUGGCCGUGCCGGGCUCCUGGCAGACGCAGAAGAACUAAUCCUUUCAAUGCCAGAACAGCCUAAUUCGAUCAUCUGGGGUUCAUUGCUAAGUGCUUGUAGAACUCAUAAUGACCUCAAGAGAGGGACUUGGGCCUUUGAGAACUUGAUGGAGCUUGAGCCGACAUCAGGGGACCGGUACAAGUUAGCAGGGCUCAUGUUUGCUAAUGCAGGAGAGAAGGAAGAAGCUACUAAGAUAAGGAAGAUGAUCCAUGAGAAAGACAUGGAGACAACUUGUGGAUCUAGUUUCAUUGAGGUGGAAGGCGCGGUCCAUGAGUUCACAGUGGGGUAUACUGCUCAUAAUAAAGCAAGAGACAUAUGAAAUACUGCAAGGUGUCUAUACAGUUCGAGACUGCUAAUGAUUUUUCUUCCAAGUCUGCAUACAGAGCAAAACAAAGAGGGCAAGAGGACAUAGAUUCAUGCCUUUUGUUUCGUGGAUAUUGGGCAUUAUCCAUUCCAUUACCUCCACGUUACUUGUUCUUAAUCAAUUCAAUAUGAAAGGCAAGUUGGAACAAAGAAACUGUGAAUCAUGCCCACUUCAUCACAAACUAGAGUUAAUAAACUGACUUCCAAGUUCAUGUUUCCAA